AAGUACAACAUGUCGAUGCCCAAGCUUGCCACCAUGCGUCUGUACGUCCUCGCCGUCUCAGUGCUACUGUCAAUGGCAGUGCAGGAGUGCGCAGCGCAACGGAGCAGCGGUGACCACUCUCCCCUGGUCGCCCCCCUCGCCAAGGACCCCGCCACCUCCCUCUACACCAUCUCCAUCAAGGACGGCGGCGCGCCGCUAGUCAUAGAUCUCGCCGGCCCGCUCGUCUGGUCCACGUGCCCGCCGGCCCACCAGACGUUCCCCUGCGGCUCCCGCGAGUGCGCCGCCGCCAACGGGGUCAGCUCGCCGCUGGGCUGCGACAACGCCGACGACGGUACUGACGGAGGCCGGCAUGAUAAUAGGCGGCCGUACUGCAGCUGCACCGCGCACCCCUGCAGACCGACCACCUCCGGCCGGCCGUGCGCGACGGGAGAUCUCACGACCUUCGCGAUGUCGGCCAACGCCACCGACGGCCGGAGCACGCUGUACCCGGUGUCGUUCACCGCCGUGGGCGCGUGCGCGCCGGACCGCCUGCUGCGGUCGCUCCCCGCGGGCGCCGCCGGCGUCGCUGGGUUCGGGCGCGCGGCGCUGUCCCUGCCGUCGCAGCUGGCCGCGCGGCGCGGGUUCGGGCGCAGGUUCGCGGUGUGCCUGCCGGGCGUGGUCGUGUUCGGGAGCACCCCGAUCUACCUCAAGUACUAUCCUGUCGAGCUCACGGCCACCAUCGCGUUCACGCCGCUCGCCAAGAACCCCCGGAGAGGCGGGUACUAUCUACCCGUCAAGGACAUCUCCGUGGUCUGGGACGGCGUAACCACCCCGGCGUCCCUCCCGCCGCGCGCACUAGAGAUCGACGCCUGGACCGGCCGCGGCGGCGUCACGCUGAGCACCGUGCAGCGGUACACGACCAUGCGCGCCGACGUGUACCGGCCCUUCAUCCGGGCGUUCAACGCGAGCAUCGGCAAGCCAGGGUACGUCAAGUCGGUGGCGGCGGUGGCGCCGUUCGAGCUGUGCUACGACACGUACUCGUUGCGGCGGCUGAAGCGGACCGGUUGGAACGUGCCGACGAUCCACCUGGAGCUGGGCGCGGGCGCCUCGAUGAACUGGAUGGUGAACAACGGAAACUCCAUGGUGCAGAUGGGGGACCGCACGGUGUGCCUCGCCUUCGUCGAGAUGGGGCCGGAAGCGGGGUACGGCACGCCGGCGCCGGCGGUUGUGAUCGGCACGUACCAGUUGGAGGACAACCUGCUGGUGUUCGACGAGGACAAAGAGGUGCUGCACUUCAGCGGCCUUCUCUGGGGCUCCGGGGCCACCUGCAGCGGCUUCAACUUCACCUUGGCUAGCUAGUAGUUCAGUACGCAUUAGGCAGGCAGGCAUGUGUGGUCUGUGUUAAUUUUUCUAA